UUUCCCAGGAGGCAGUGCGGCACGUCACAGAAGGACCACGCAUGCGCAGACCGGGGUCUCCGCGAUAGACUAAGCUCAUGAAAAGGAAAAAAAGAGAGUGUGGCUCUUGAGCGGCCGUGAAUCUUCGGACGUUAGCGCGUUACCACCCGCAGCCUCUGAAAAGGCAUUCGAGCGAUCCGCCUGCUCCUGCCGUCGCAAUUUCCAGAACACCGUGCUUGUUUUGUCCGACACUCGGCAGGCACCCACCAUGGCCCUCGUGUCUGCUGAUUCCCGCAUUGCAGAACUUCUCACAGAGCUCCAUCAGCUGAUCAAGCAGACCCAGGUAGAGGACAGCCCUCCACGGCUAGCGGGCACUAUGGGCUGUGAGGCUGAGCUGUGGGGGGCAGGGUGGGGCUGUGUUCAGAGAAACUGGACAUGCAGGAGCCGAGGUGAUGUAAUGAAGGUGAGAGGAGGGGAACUCGGAGUAGUACUGUCGUUCCUGUUGGAUUUUCUGUCACUGAGCGAACACAACUUAGUGAACAUCCAGAAGACCCACGAGCGGAUGCAGACAGAGAACAAGAUUUCUCCUUAUUACCGGACCAAGCUGCGUGGCCUGUACACGACAGCCAAGGCCGAUGCAGAGGCUGAGUGCAACAUCCUCCGGAAAGCCCUAGAUAAGAUUGCUGAGAUCAAGUCUCUGUUGGAAGAGAGGCGGAUUGCGGCCAAGAUCGCGGGCCUGUACAAUGACUCGGAGCCCCCUCGGAAGACCAUGCGCAGAGGGGUGCUGAUGACGCUGCUGCAGCAGUCAGCCAUGACCCUGCCCCUGUGGAUCGGGAAGCCUGGUGACAAGCCCCCACCCCUCUGUGGGGCCAUUCCAGCCUCGGGGGACUAUGUGGCCAAACCUGGAGACAAGGUGGCUGCCCGAGUAAAGGCCGUGGAUGGGGAUGAGCAGUGGAUCCUGGCCGAGGUGGUCAGUUACAGCCACGCCACCAACAAGUACGAGGUAGAUGACAUUGAUGAAGAAGGCAAAGAGAGACACACCCUGAGCCGGCGGCGCAUCAUCCCACUGCCCCAGUGGAAGGCCAACCCAGAGACAGACCCUGAAGCCUUAUUCCAGAAGGAGCAGCUUGUGCUGGCCCUGUACCCCCAGACCACCUGCUUCUAUCGGGCACUGAUCCACACGCCCCCGCAGCGGCCCCAGGAUGACUACUCAGUCCUGUUCGAAGACACUUCCUAUGCAGAUGGCUACUCCCCACCCCUCAACGUGGCCCAGAGGUACGUGGUGGCUUGUAAGGAACCCAAGAAAAAGUGAAGGCGGCUAGCAGAUGCAGUCUCCUGCCACCCUGGUGGGGAAGACCACAAGGAUUUUCUGUGAUCAAAUAAAUAUUCUCGCCCUUGCCCUUGUCCUGGG